AUGGGACUUGAACAACAAUCCGAUGUGUUUGGAAAAUGGUUCUAUGCCAUGGAGCAGACAUCGAGCAACGGAAGUCCUCUGAUAGACCUUUGCGAGCCGACGAAUCUCAUCAUUGCACACACUGCAUGCAUCUCAUCAUUGUUUAAGAGAACUCAUCGACGCCGUCAGCUUAUGUGGCAAGGGACAACUCCUUUGACGACAGAAGGCCAGCGAAAGCGGAAGGAGCCGAAUCUUAACCUUCAGCUCGACUACGUUCUGACGAAGAACAUUCUUUUGUCAGAAAUCCAAAAAUCUAGAGUUGAUAGCCUUCAGCCAGGAGAAGCGUUUGAGAACGAGAUUGCGUCUUCAGCUGAAAUGUGA